UGUAGCACACUCCUUGCAGAAAGAAGCCGCGGAUUUGAUUUUACGCAGCUAGCAAGCUAGCACGUACUGUUUUGUGCACUGUUUGAUACCCUGUUUUCCCUCUCUAUAAGAAUGACACACUUUUGAUAGUCAGAGCAGUAAUAAAAAAAACCUCAAAAUGAAUCUCGACAGACUUCGAAAGCGGGUCCGGCAGUACAUUGACCAGCAGCAGUAUCAAAGUGCUCUCUUUUGGGCCGACAAGAUAGCGUCCCUUUCUCACGAGGAUCCCCAGGAUAUCUACUGGCUAGCUCAGUGCCUUUAUCUGACCUCACAGUACCACAGAGCCUCCCACGCCCUCCGUUCACGAAAACUUGACAAGUUGUACGGAGCCUGUCAGUAUCUUGCUGCUAGGUGUCAUUAUGCUGCCAAAGAGUUCCAGCAGGCCUUGGAUAUCCUGGAUGCAGAGGAGCCAGCUAGUAAGAAGCUGCUGGACAGGAGUCUGAAAGAGGACAACGGGACACCGGAGUCAACCAGGGAUUGGGACAUGUCCCCUGCCUCUAUCAACAGCUCCAUCUGCCUCCUGCGGGGUAAGAUCUAUGAUGCCAUGGACAACAGACCACUGGCCACCUCCAGCUACAAAGAGGCCUUGAAACUGGAUGUGUACUGCUUUGAAGCCUUUGACCUUUUAACGUCCCACCACAUGUUGACCGCGCAGGAAGAGAAAGACUUCCUUGACUCGCUUCCUCUGAGUCAACAGUGCACUGAGGAAGAGGAGGAGCUGUUACACUUCCUAUUUGAGAAUAAGUUAAAGAAGUAUAACAAGCCCAGUGAUUUGGUGGUGCCAGAGAUGGUCAAUGGUCUUCAGGACAACUUGGAUGUAGUGGUGUCUCUUGCUGAGAGGCAUUAUUAUAACUGUGAUUUCAAGAUGUGCUACAAACUCACAUCAAUGGUGAUGGUUAAAGACCCCUUCCAUGCCAAUUGUUUACCAGUCCACAUAGGAACUCUGGUGGAGCUUGGAAAAGCAAAUGAGUUGUUUUACCUCUCACACAAACUUGUAGACUUGUAUCCAAACAACCCAGUAUCCUGGUUUGCAGUUGGGUGCUACUAUCUCAUGGUUGGCCAUAAAAACGAACAUGCUCGGCGAUACCUGAGCAAAGCCACUACACUGGAGAGGACGUACGGUCCUGCAUGGAUUGCCUACGGUCAUUCAUUUGCAGUGGAGAGUGAGCAUGACCAAGCCAUGGCUGCCUACUUCACCGCUGCCCAGCUGAUGAAAGGGUGUCACUUACCCAUGCUCUACAUCGGCCUGGAGUACGGUCUGACCAACAACUCCAAGCUGGCAGAACGUUUCUUCAGCCAGGCUCUUAGUAUCGCUCCAGAGGACCCAUUUGUCAUACACGAGGUGGCAGUGGUUGCCUUUCAAAAUGGAGACUGGAAGACAGCAGAGAGGUUGUUUCUUGAUGCAAUGGAGAAGAUCAAAGCCAUAGGGAACGAGGUCACUGUGGACAAAUGGGAGCCAUUGUUAAACAACUUGGGUCAUGUGUGUCGGAAAUUGAAAAAGUACGACCAGGCUCUGGAGUACCACCGUCAGGCACUGGUGUUAAUCCCUCAGCACGCCUCCACCUACGCUGCCAUAGGAUACGUGCACAGCCUCAUGGGCGACUUUGAGAGUGCUAUUGACUACUUUCAUACGGCACUUGGAUUGAAAAGGGACGACACUUUCUCCGUGACGAUGCUUGGCCACUGUAUUGAGAUGUACAUCGGUGACACGGAUGCCUAUAUAGGCACAGACAUCAAUGACAAGGUGCGAGGCAGCUUGAACACUCCAGCGCUGAUGAAGAUGCUGAACACAUCGGAGUCUGGCGACGUUCUGGCCACGCCAAGAUUGGAAGACACCAGCAUCACAUCCUUGGAAACGCCACUGUCUAAUCAGGACAAGAUGAUGCUGGAGACGCCUCUGCGCCUCUCUUUAACCCUGGAGUGCGAUAUGUAUGAGAGCGAUAUGAUGUUAGACACCUUGUCAGACACCAGCACGUGAUCUCAUCCUGUCAGGAGGUGGAACUGUUGUAGCAACAGGUUGUCUUAGGUACACAUAUCCAAGCCCAAGGACAACUAUCAAACCAAAACUUGGCACCUGUCCUCCACCAAAGGUUUCCUGUGGAUUCUCCCUCUUGUGCAUUAAAUAUGCUUGAUUCUGUAAGUGACAAAACGUAGAACAUGCCCUUAUGAACAUGAGUAAAAGAGUGUGAAUUUGUGUACAGCACCUGCUGUACUGUACAUCAUAUUAACUUUGCAAGAAUGCACUUUACCAGGGGAAUUAACAUGUGCCUUGGUUAAGGGGUUGAGUACUUGGUUUAGCAUUGGACCUUGGGUUAAGCCUGAAGACACUGGGAACAUGUGGUCCUCUGACACUUGAUUGAACAGAGCGAACACAGCCGCACACCUCAUGUCAGAUCUAAAAGACUAUAGUCAUUUAUUACUGCCUAUGGCAGGACCCUCCGUGUUGCUUAACCUGUGGAUUUACACGUUGAAUAAAGAGCGAGCGAGAUACACGCAGUUUUGGUGAAAACAAUUCUUGGCAAUUCCUACAAUAAACCAUGCAUUUAUCUUAAAAGAUUUUAGCACAUCUGUGUUUGUGUUAAUCAGAAUAAAGUGUUUGAUUUGUAAAACCCACAAAACACAUGGAAAUAGGGCUGGGUAAUUUUUAAAAUCCUUAUUUUUCUACCUCUGCUAUUUUCUACUUACUGUUCUAUUGACAGAAAUGUUGACAAACCCUUCCUUGAGAUACUGUUGUGUAUAGUUCUGAGUUACUUUAAAUGUAUACCUGUUGGCAUAAAGUCUUGUUUACUUAUCAAACAUGUUUAGUAAACCGCUUAAUGUUUG